AAAAAAUAUAUUUUAAUUUGAAAAACAUAAAAAACGGAUUUCUAAAAAUAAAAUAAAAAAAAGGCUCCUUCCUUGGGAUUAUAAACAACAAUUUUGGCUGGAUCCAUCACCAAAGGCACUGCUGCCUUUAUUAUAACGGAUUAUCGCAUUGUCACAACAAAUCAAAAUGGUCAAUAAACAAUAUUCUGCCACCGAUCUGGAGGCAUUUGUCAAAUUGGCUGCUGCCAAUUGGCAAAACACAAAUCACAGCUUAUUGGAAGGAGUUGACAUUAAAGGAGAAAUGCAACAAUAUCUGAACAGUCCCACCAUGAAUAUGUACAAGAAACGUGAACGUACCCAAAACUGGAAUCAUCAGGAGAAGAAAUUUCUCCUGGAUCUAUGUCGCAAGGAUAUGCGCAUCAUAGAGAAUAAACGUUUGGAUGCCGGCUUGACGGCAGUUAAGAACAAGGCAUGGAAAAUAAUACAUCAGAAAUUUUCAAAUCAAUUUGGCACAGAUCGUACGUGCAAUCGUUUAAAGGAGCAAUGGCGUCGAAUGAAAGCCUGCACCCGCAAUGAAAUAUUGGAUUACAAUAAUCGCUUGGCCCGUUUCGGCCCCGAGGUGGCUGAUCGCAAAAAGCCCUCACCCUUUACCUUUGAAGUAUGGGAAUUCAUGCAAGAGGCCAAAAAGGCCUGCAAGUCCGAGGCCCUAGAUGGCAUUGAUUACUCCAAAAUACCGCUGGCAUUGGAAGAAGAUUUUGAAUAUCGUGAGGAUGCUGAACAAAAUCCUGAGGAUCAUGAUAUGGAUGAUAGCAGUCGUACCCCGCCCCAGGAUUUGUGUGACAUUGAUAUCAAGGAUGAGACAUUAAACGAAAGCUAUUCCCACAUGAUGGCCAAUGGUGAACGUUUAAGUGCCACUUCACCCCAACAACAGCAGCAUCAGCAGCAGAACUCACAAAUACAACAUGAUAUGGAUCACUCAUCCGGCAGACACAGCCCCACAAAUUUGUCCACAAAUGGUGGAGAUCAUGGUGUACCAAACCCAGCUGCCUUUAUGGCCCAGGGUGGCAGUGAUUUGUCCGGAUUCCAACCUGGUUUCAAUAUGAACAACAUUUCCGCUACCCUGGAAGCCUUGAAUGCCCUGCGUACUGGACAAUUUCCCUCGGCAGCGGCCGCUGCUGCAGCAGCUUUGCAGACCAAUUUUGCAGCUGCUGCCCAUCAACAACACCAACAAGCCCAGCAACAGGCCCAACACCAGGCAGCCCAAAAUCAGCAGGAUCGUGACAUGGACAAUCAAUCACCGCCAGCCAAAAGGCCAUGUACCUCGGGUAUUAGUAACUCAGGAAAUAAUGGUUCCGGAGGCUCUGUGGCCGGUGAUUUGGACUUGAGUGAUACCCAACAAAAUACCAGUGGCAGUUGUUUGAAUUUGGCCACCACCUCAACGGGCUCCCUGAGUUCUUCUUCCAAGCUCCAUGGGGAUAGUUCCCCUGAACUGCGGGCCUUCAUGGACAUGCAAUGCAAGGAACACAUGAUGCGCAUGCGCAUACUCGAAGUGCAAUUACAAGCUGCCAAAUACUCGCGCGAUUUGGUGGAGAUCAACAAGACACUGGCCCUGCAAAAACUCCAAGAAUAUGCCAGUAAACGUUUGAGCACAUAACUCUGUCUAACAAGAUUUACGACUUGUUUUCGCUUCCAGAGAUUCCUGUGCUUCGUUGUUAAAACGCUUGGGGGAAUAACGCUCCCCUGCAGGCGUUUAAUAAUUGUUAAAUUGUGUUAUUCUAUUUUAGACGUAAAACUAAAACCUAGUUAUAAUUCUUCUUUGGCAGUUUUAUUGUAAUUUAAGUUCUUUACUUUAAAUCCAGAGCUGCGCUCGUUUUAUUGUAAAAAAAAUCUUCUUUUUUUCUAUUAAUAAUAUUUUAUUCUUAUUCAAACAUUAUUUAAGAAAUCGUUAGUUUUAAUUUUAAACAAAACCCACAAAAAAUACUUGCAAAAAAGCACAUUCCUUUUGAAAGAAAUAAAAAAAAUCUUUUUUUUUAAUUGCCAUCAUUUCGAAAAUUAUUUUCCCUCAAAAAAGAAAAAGAGAUUUCGUUAAUUUAUACAAAGAAGAAAAAAAAGAAAUAAAUUGCUAUAAACAUGUGCCAAGACAGUAUUUUUUACAAAACUAAAACUCAAUUAAAUUUUAAGUUUUUGUAAAAUAAAAACAAUUUGUUACAAAAUAAAAAAAACUGUCACAAAUGAAAAAAAAAAUUAAAAUAAAAAUUAUAUAUCACAAAUGUAGAUAGAUCUUAAGAAGAGUAAGAAAAAGCGAUGGAGAAGAAGAAUGCUACCUCAGUUUACUUUAUAAAAAACAAAAACUAAAACAAAACAAUUUUUUAGCCAUAGUUUCUAAAACCCCCCUUAAUCUUAAGGCGUCUAAUCCAAGAAAAUCACUUAACUUAGUUUAUUAUAAUUAUUUUUAAAACUCCCUUUCGUUAUUUCAAAGAAGAACAACCAUCUUAUAUGAAAGAUAUUAUAUAAGUUUUUUUGUUUAGUUAUCUUUUUAACUUUAAUUUUUAUUUAGAGAUUUAUGUUCCACCAACCAUAAUAUUCUUAAAAUGCUUUUUAAUUUUUGUCAAAUUUUGUUUAACUAUAGAAAUCGAUAUUUUUCUAUGCUCAUUAUUAAACAAACAAUUAUUUAAAUUUAAGUAACGAAUUUACUUAAAAUCGCAAACAAAAAAUACAUAUAUAAAUAUGUAUAUAUGUGUGUUAUAUAUAAAUAUUAAAGAGAUGAAAAAAAAAACACCCACUGUAAACAACAAAUAUUACAAAUAAAAAUAAAUAAUUUUUAUGAUUUUACUUAUAAAAAACAUAAA